GAGAGCCUUCACGACGAUCGGCCGUGGCUCUGUUACAUAAAAAAAAAUAUAUAUAAAGAAAAACCUCAAAGAGACCUCACACGCGAGUGCACCGACGGAAAACCAGGAAAAUAAUUCGGAAAAAGUAUAACAAAAACCAAUUGGCGUUUGAGAAAUAAAUGAAAAAUAUCGAUAGCAAAGAGAAGGGUCUCGCCCAAAAUCUCCGGGAAUUCAUUCGAGAGUUUAUUUAUUUGUAUUUAAAAUUCGCUUUGUACGCCAUCAUUGUUUAUAUAACAUUCUCAUAUUAUAUUUAUUAUUUCGGGUGAAUCUUUUGUGGCGGGAAAGCCUUUUUUGUGUUAUGUCGUAACUUUGUUACGAAGACAUUAGUGAACAGAAGGAGCUCUGAAGAAUAUUCUGGACUAACCUUACUACUGGAUAAGCUGGAACCAUGAAGAGGUCUCGGCACAGAUGGCUGGGAUUCACCAUCUUCGUUUGUCUCCUAGCUAUCUUAGCGUCGGAGCUACCAAAUACUGCAGCAUUGAAGGCCACAUCCCUGAUCUUCUCAAAGACCAGCACGACAACCGCAGCACCCGAGGAAGAGCCAUCAGGACCUGAAGAUGGAGCAGAGACAGAAACAACGGCGGAUGGUGGCGAAGCACCAACGAACUCGACCAGGAAACUGUCGGGCAUCCCACAAAUAGACUACUUACUUGACCCGAACCUUCCCCGGGAAUUGAACGGUUAUAACCUCUCGGAGUAUCCGUUCUACGAGGCCGUGCCUCCUCCGGAGACCAUGGACUUCAAGUGUGACGGACUGCACGACGGGUUUUACGCGUCAGUACCACACAAAUGCCAGGUGUACCAUCACUGUUUGUUUGGUACCCGGUACGACUUCCUCUGCGCGAACUAUACAGCUUUCGAUCAGAAGACGUUCAUCUGUCACUUCGUCUCCGAAGUAGAUUGCAAGAACUCCCCAAACUAUUUUAACAGAAACGAAGCUUUGUAUAAAGCUACGACGUCAGCCCCGCCCCCUCCUCCGCCCACAACCACCACGACGACCACGGCCGCGCCCCCGCCCCGCGCGCCUCGCCCCGCCCGCCGCCGCCCCCACUACAGAUACGAUUAUUAUGAUGACGACUACUAUUACAGAGAUGACUAUGAUUAUGACGACAGAAGAAGACCCAGACCACGUCCCGGCGCCAGGCCCGUCAAAAAGAACAGACCGGCUGACGAUUACGAUGAUGACAGAUACGACCGGCGCCCGCGCCCUCGCGACGAAACGAUAGAGGAAGACCUUGAAGACCGUAGACCCUACGACAGGAGACCAGGAAAGAGGAGGCCAUAUGAUGACGACGAUCGCAGACCUGCAUAUCGAGGCGGGAGUCGGCGGAAUAGACCAAGAGACGAUGAUAGAUACAGCUUAGAAGAUGACAGACGUGGGGCUAAGAGGGAUGGGCCAAACCGUAACAGAGAUGAAUAUAGGCCAAGAGACUUAGUAGACGAAGACACGAGGUCUACUGAAGACAAAGUGCUAUAUGAGGGAAAUUCAAGAGAUGAAAUAAUCAAGUCUAGAGACGAAACCAGUCCAAGAGAUGAAAUAAGACCAAGAGACGAAAUUCGCCCAAGAGAUGAGAUAAGACCCAGAGAUGAAAUUCGGUCAAGAGAUGAGAUAAGACCCAGAGAUGAAAUUCGACCAAGAGAUGAGGCAAGACCUCGUGAUGAAAUUCGGCCAAGAGAUGAGAUAAAACCCAGAGAUGAAAUUCGGCCAAGAGAUGAGACAAGACCCAGAGAUGAAAUUCGACCUAGAGAUGAACCCAGAUCUCAGGUCAGACCUAGGCCACUUAGAGACGAAACUCCAGAGAAAAAUAGAGAGAGGACUCGGGAUGAUAGAUAUCAAUCCGAAGGCAGACGCUAUAGAGAUGAACGACCAUACAGAAAUAGAGAUGACCGCCCCUACAAAGACGAAAAAGUUCACGAAGAGAAAAGAGAAAUACCUACAGCACCAGAAGGUCAAGCUCUAGUUAAGCCCAAUGGCCACGGUUUGUUCAGCCAGCCGAGGGCCCCACCCAAAAUAAAAAGACCAGUCCCUUUAAGUGAAAAAGGAAAAUACGAAUAUGUGACGGUUACAACCACGAAAGUACCUCCGAGGGCUGAUGACGAUGAUUACUAUGAUUAUGAAGAAGAAGAACCGAGAAGACCGUCUUCUUCCGGAAAGACCAGUACGGUACAACGUCCUAGACCGGAACCAGUUGAAAGAGAGAAAUUCAAACCUACCAGACCUCAAACUGUAAACAAGCCAAGAAAGACGAAAAGACCAGAAGAAUAUGAUGACGAUUAUUAUUACGAACCUACUGGGAAAUCUCAGAGACUAUCCAAUUCUAGAGAAAAAGAGAGACCCAGGUCUAAGCUCACCGAUGACUAUUAUUAUGACUACGAUGACAAGAGUAAGAAUAACAGACGCGAAAGAGAAGAGACUGAGACGAAAGUCAAAGAAGUUAGACCUACGGUAAAAGUUAUCAAACGUCCUUUUUUACCGUCUAGGGGUGGUAGUCCGUACCUGCCGCGAGGGUUGCAGCCCGUCGCCGGCAGGGAUCUGACAGCUCCUUUAAACACCACCCCUAAACCUACGACUACUACUUCCACACCUAUCCCCACAACUUCUAGAACGACCACUCCUGAACCCACUACCACGCUUAAAACUACAACAACCACAGCCAAACCCACGACCACUACAACCAAAUAUACAACUUCCGUGACCACGGGGAGAGUACUCCCUCAAGAAUUAAAAGCUCCAGAAGAAGAAUACGAGUAUUACGACGAGGAGGACGUCGAAUACGACAAGAAAAGAGAAACCACAACCCAAGUGACCAGACUGAGGACUUCGAAGCCCACAACCACAACGGAACCGACGACACCAGAUCAAAAAGCCAAACACCUAGCCACAAAGGUUCUGAGAGUGUACAACGACAAUUACGAAGCCAUUAGAGGCAAAUUAGAGUCGACAUUGGCACCGGGGGAUUACAUAAAACCGUACUUAGCAACCACUGCGCCCUACGAAGAUCCCAAGCCGAAGAUUAAGGCCGAAAUAUCGAAGCCUUACACGGCCACAGGGAAACCACCGCUCCUCCCAGAAAACAUAUCAAUAAAACAAAAUCUGGCCGACUCCUUGGAGAACGACUAUGACAUUCGGUAUAAUGAGGCCCUUUCCCCAGCUUUGCCUCUAAACAGAAUACCGAGUGGCUUUGUCGUGACACCGGAGAGAGACUACACAUUUUCCCGGUUCAGAAACUACCAGGAGCCUCAGUUUGCGGCAUCAGAACUGAAGAACUAUCAGUUGAGGAGCAGACCGCAUGUUAGUAUAAGAACUCCGGCGUCAUAUUACAUCCAGCCUCAGAGAUUUCAAGAUGACGACCGAACCCGGUACCCCAGGCAACUCUACAGGAUAUUAGACCAGCUAUUCUAAUUGAACCCAGAACUGAGUCUAUGAUUAGAAAACCUGUAUGCUAAUUAGACCAGUUAUUCUAAUUGAACUUAGAACUGGGUCUAUGAAAACCUGUAUGCUAAUUAAUGUCGACUUUCUUCAAAUUGUAGUCUGGAAAAAGCAAAAAAACGCUGUGUGGAUUGUAUUUUUUGACAGUCCAACUUUCUGGGCUCCCUAAAAAAUUUCAAAAACUUUUGAUAGCUUCUAGGUCCAUCGACAGAUAAGCUCGAUAGUUUCAUCACAUCACAAAGCUACACAAAAGCUCGUGCUAACAUACCGUAUAAUAGCGUAAAAUUUAUUGUUGCCAAAUUUUCAAGGAAAACAUAAAGCCGACUGUAAAAAAAACGCGCAAUUAACAUACAGGAUUUCGUAAAUACUACUCAAUUAAUUAAUAAGAUUAGACGUAAAAUGUGUUUUAAUUUAAAAAUAACUAGAACAUUCUGUCAUCUAGCAUUGUCACUGCCAAUUUAUUUUUAAAAAUAGUCUAGCGUACGUUGUGUAAUGACAUUUUGUUUAAUGAAUGUACAUUUUACUCUUCGUUUAUAAUAUUUUAAUAAUAAUUCUCGAGGUGUGAUUUUGCAAAGGCCGGAUGCGCGUGAUGUCACUCUUUACAGAAUCUAGUACAAUGGUCGUAACCGUUUUUCUUCCUUAUGAUACAAUAAAUCAUGGUCGUCUUCUUGCAAUAAAACUUACAGCAUUUGGUUAGUCUAUAGAUCGAAGACAUAGCCAUGAGCUAGUAAAGCCAUGGCAAUAAAAUUGUUUUUCGAUCUUGAUAAUUCACACGAAAUAUAUUGUCAGAUACUCGAAAUCCAAAUUGACGUGGAAUAAAGAAAAAAUAUAUUCUUGUCUGACCACGAACCUUGCUGCCAGAAUGUAUCUUCCGAUGUCUAAGGUGUAUUCCGGUAUCAAUCAAUGGGCAGAUGUGAUAAAAUCCUUUCUUUUUCAUACAAGAAGGCCUUAACUCGAAUGUGACUUUGAGAUUUGACGUUUGAAAGUUCCGAACUGUCAAAUGUCGUGUUCCAGAGUCUAAAUAUAAAUUUUCAUUUGUUGUAUUCGCCCAUCGAGUGAUACAGCGUGUGUAUAUAAAUAUGUUAAUGAUAUCGAUAAUGACAAUUUUGUACGUGUCGAUUAACGCUAAGACGGAAUUUGUAUGGAAAAUAAAAUUUCAUAAAUCGCAAAA